AUGUCAGACAUUUUCAACCUCACCCCUGAGGAUGCUCAGCUCCUCCUUGCUGCUGGCGUCCACCUUGGUUCUAAGAACAAGGUUGUCAACAUGGAGUCCUACAUCCACGCUACCCGUCCCGACGGUGUCAACAUUAUCAACAUUAGCAAGACCUGGGAGAAGAUUGUCCUUGCCGCUCGCGUCAUUGCUGCUGUUCCCAACGCUGCUGACGUUGUUGCCAUCUCUGCUCGUAUCUAUGGUCAACGUGCUGUCCUCAAGUUUGCCAGCCACACUGGUGCUACCGCCAUUGCUGGUCGCUUCACCCCUGGUUCUUUCACCAACUACAACACCCGCUCUUUCAAGGAGCCUAGAUUGAUUGUCGUUACUGACACUCGUCUUGACGCCCAGGCCAUCAAGGAGUCUUCUUACGUCAACAUCCCCGUCAUUGCUCUUUGCGACGUUGACUCUCCUGUUGAGUACGUUGAUGUUGCCAUUCCUUGCAACAACAGAUCCAAGAACGCCGUUGGUCUUGUCUGGUGGCUGAUUUCCCGUGAGGUUCUCAGACUUAAGGGUGUUCUCCCCGACAGACAGACCCAGUGGAACGUCAUGCCCGAUUUGUACUUCUACAGAGACCCUGAGGAGCCGGAAACCACCACCGUCACCGAGGAGGAGCCUGCUGAGGAGUUUGUUGCCGAGGUUGCUGCUGCCACUGAGGAGUGGGAUGCUGCCGCUGCUGUCGACGCCUCUGGCGACUGGGCUGCUACCGACGACUGGGCUUCUGAGAGCGCUCCCGUCGCCCCUACCCCUGCCACUGCCGCCUAA